CUCAGCAAUCCAACAACAAACAAGCUAAGAUAAACACAACGCAGGAGAAGAAGAUAGAGGAGAGUAGAAUAGACUCUCUUGUUGGCAUCACCAAAGAAAGUUGGAGACAAACACACCAACGCGGCGGUAUGGGUAGACCACCUUGCUGUGAUAAAAUCGGUGUUAAGAAAGGACCUUGGACUCCAGAAGAAGAUAUCAUCCUUGUCUCUUACAUUCAAGAACAUGGUCCUGGAAAUUGGAGGGCUGUUCCUACCAAUACUGGUUUGCUUAGAUGCAGCAAGAGUUGCAGGCUUAGAUGGACUAAUUACCUUAGGCCGGGGAUCAAACGUGGUAACUUUACUGAACAAGAAGAGAAGAUGAUAAUCCACCUUCAAGCUCUUUUGGGAAAUAGAUGGGCUGCCAUAGCUUCCUAUCUCCCUCAAAGAACAGAUAACGAUAUCAAGAAUUACUGGAAUACCCAUUUGAAGAAGAAGCUCAAGAAGCUUCAAACGGGCUUUGAUGGGCAUACCAAAGAUGGGUUCUCAGGUUCCCAGACCAUGUUAAAAGGUCAGUGGGAGAGGAGGCUUCAAACUGAUAUCCACAUGGCCAAGCGUGCUCUAUGCGAGGCCUUGUCCUUGGAGAAACCAAACAGUCUGUGCGACUUGAAGCCCUACGAUAGCUACUUCUCCUGGAUGAGGCCAAACCAAGCAUCUACUUAUGCAUCAAGCACGGAGAAUAUCUCAAGGUUACUUGAAGGUUGGAUGAGAAAUUCAUCGAAAUCUGGUGGAUCAACCCCUGAGACCACUCAGAAUUCUAUCAAUAUGACGGUUGGAACUGAUUCUACUUCUAGCCAGGGCACAACAAGUGCAUGUGCAGCCAACCAUACUGACGAUUUAUCACCUGAUGCCUUUGAAUCGCUGUUAGAUUUCGACUCUUCUACGCCUGAUGUCUCUCAAUCAACAUCGCUAGAUGAGACAGCGAAUUUUGCACAAGAGACCAGCCUACUCCAAGAUGAAAGCAAGCCCAAGUUGGAAGCCCAAGCCCCUCUUUCAAUGCUUGAGAAAUGGUUGUUUGAUGAAGGUAUGACUCAAGGCCAAGAAGACCUGAUUGGGAUUUCACUAGAUGAAACUUCUGAGCUGUUCUAAGGAACUCUACUCCCUUUUUGGGGGCUGCUGGGGAUCUUUCUGUUAUUUUCUUUCUUUCUUCUUUUUUUUUUUUUGUCUGGGUCUUGAACAUUAAACAUUGAAUUCCCCUGUUGCCCGA